AUGCCGCAUAUCAUCCUUCUGGGAACGCUCGAUACCAAGCGCACAGAGGUUCUCUUUCUCUAUCGACAGUUGCAGCAGAAUGCGGCGCGCUCUUCAACAACACCGCUAGAAAUCACCCUGAUUGACUGUGGGCGACAGGACACUACGGAUGAGGCCGUCACCUUCGGCCAUACCGAUCUACUAUCAAAAUAUGCCGCGAGCCACCGCCCCGCAAUCCAGACUCUGUCGCGGGGCCAGGCAAUCGAACUUCUCAUCGACUGCGUCAGUAAGUGUGUUGGCGAGUUGCUGCAAACGAGGGAAAUCCACGGGAUUAUCGGGGCGGGCGGCAGCGGAGGAACCAGUCUGAUCUCAGCCGUGAUGAGGUCGGCCACGCCCAUUGGCCUGCCCAAGCUCAUCGUCAGCACAGUCGCGUCGGGUGAUACAGGGCCCGUGGUGGGCGAAUGUGAUAUAACCCUGAUGUAUUCGGUCGUCGACAUCGCGGGCACCAACCGGCUACUGCGCGAGGUGCUGGGAAAUGCGGCCGGUGCAAUUGUCAGCAUGGCGUCGUCGUAUGAGUGCCGCCUGGGAGAGGCCCGGAGCCGAACAAGCGCGCAGGCCGAAGAGAAUAAGAUCGUCCGAGUCGGAGUCACGAUGUUCGGGGUGACCACGCCGUGUGUGGAUCAUGUGAGACAUCAUCUAGAAAACAACUAUCCCGUCGAGGUGUACGUGUUCCAUGCUACCGGCCAUGGAGGGAAGGCUAUGGAACGCUUGGUGGGCGAGGGUCGUUUAGACGCCAUCCUGGACAUCACCACAACAGAAAUCUGCGAUUUGGUGGCUGGCGGAUGCAUGAGUUGCGAUACUAGCCGCCUGGAGGCAACACUAGAGCGUGGAAUCCCCAACAUCAUCUCCAUCGGGGCCACGGACACAGUGAACUUUGGACAGAUGGAGUCCGUCCCACGGCAAUAUCACGACCGCAAGUUGCAUGCUCAUAACCCAAAUGUGACCUUGAUGCGGACCUCUGCAGCUGAGUGCCGCAGGGUGGGACGUUUCAUUCUUGACAAAAUAGGCCGGUUUGCCCAGACCCCAGAAAUGGUUGAGGUGUGGCUUCCUCGAGGAGGAACAAGUAGCAUUGGGACAGCCGGGGCUGUAUUUGCAGAUGCUGAAGCUGAUGCCGCCCUCGCCGAUACUCUGCAAUCCGGGCUGGAAAGCAUGAAGGUUAGGGUGUUAUCUGAUGAGCGAGAUCUCAAUGACAAGGGAUUCGCAAUUGCUAUUGCGGACCGUCUUAUGGCCCUCGUGGCGCAGCACUCGGCUGACAUCGGAUUGCGGUAG